AUGACAGACGAAAGCCUCAACGAUAAGCUCGAGAGGCUACUCUCCUUAAUGGAAGCCCAGUUGGAGCUUACCAGGCAAGGGCAAUGCGAAGAGCAUCUACGUUGCGCUUGUCUGAGUGGAGAGGAGACGAUCGAGCCCUCCCACCCAGAGGAUCAAAGGGCUAGGGAAGACAUGAUGGGAGACCCUCCCACACCAUCCCCAGCAUCGUGUCCAAGGCAGGCAGUAUCAUUCAUGGGACCGAGCAAACUGCUGGUCGACAACUAUGACAAGUAUGCCUCACCCACUGGGCCCAGAUACUUCAGGCCCCAUGUGGAGCCAUACAGCCGGCCAAGGGCAGAACCUCAUGGUUUCGACCAAGAGGAUGAUAUGAGCGCUGCCGGAGACCCCAGUCUCUCGCACUCCAAGCCGGUCGCCACCCCAUUCCCCAAGUUUAAUCCUAGAGAUGUUGAGAUUUUCAUCCUUGAGGCUGAGGCAUGGUUCAAAUUCAACCAGGUCUAUGAGCAGGCAAGGAUGAUCAAUCAUAUGGGUGCUCAAUUGGAAGGGAACGCUCGCAAAUGGUGGACUUCCAAGCUUCGCAUCGACAGAGGCCGAGAAGGAAGACUGUUCAAUGAUUGGCACUACUUCACUGAGUGCCUGAUGGAACAGUUCAAUCCUUGGAAUGCCAGAAUGGAGGCCUAUAACAAACUUCUGGCUCUCUGGCUCACGAGCAAUGCACCAGGUGCAGCCACAUGCCACAUCGAACAAUUCAGAGACUUAGAAGGACAAGUCAAUCUAGAUGACAAUGAACUAGUUAUUGACUUGUUUAGGGGAAGUCUCACAUGCAGCCUGCAGGAGAAGUUUGAGCGGAACCCACCUUUAAAGAGCCAUUGGGCCAGAGAUUGCCCAAGCAAGAAGUCAGACGCCUUGGGGCCCCGACCCAUGGGCCCGAAGGUAAUGGUAACCACAGAAACCUCCUUUGAAGAAGGAGACCUGGACCCAGGGGAUAACCAGACAGAUGACCUAGAAACGGUCGACCCCAACAUCCUCGACUUCAGCCAGUAUCAACCAUCAAUGGAGGCUGGCCAGGAAGAGGUCCAAGAGGAUGCUGACGAGGGAAACGGCAGUGGGUUUCAGAUUCCUUUGUUACCCCCUGAAGAAGCUGUACCUGGGGAAUUACACGUGAACUCAGUGAAAUCUGUCAUAAGAAGCAACUUAUUACCGAAUUUGGUGAAAGAUGUUAUAGCUAGCGAGUUAAAACAAGAGCCCGCUAUAGAAGACAGUCUAUCACCAAAUUCAGCCGGAUCAGUGGUAACAUGCCUCUAUGAUGAGAAACCGAAACAUCUGACCAUUCAUGGAAAUGAGUUUGUUUCAGUGGCAAGCCUGAUACAAGCUGCCCUGGAGGAUGGACCCAUUGGGUUCAUGCUCCUGGACCUCCCACCCUCGUUGCUCCCGGCCUUCAGGUUUGUACCCACCGGCACUGACAAGGGCAUAGAAAUGGAAGUAGAGGUUGAUCGGAAGGUAUCAGCAGAAGAUAUACCAGAACCAUAUCGAUGGUUGCAGGAUGUGUUUGAUGAGGUGGAAGCAGAUAAGUUGCCCCACCAUAUGGAGCAUGAUCUCCAUCUGGAACUAAUGGAAGACAGUAGGCCGCCACAGGGCCCACUAUACCUCAAGGGGCCGAAGGAAAUGGCUGAACUAAGGAAGUAUCUCGAUGAGAACCUUGCAAAAGGGUUCAUAUGCCCCUCAAAGAGCCCAGCAAGAUCUCUGGUGCUCUUUGUGCCCAAGAAGGAUGGAGGCCUCAGGCUAUGUGUGGACUACUGUGGCCUGAAUGAAAUCACCCUCAAGAAUCGGGCACCGCUGCCCCUCAUUGAGGAGCAGCUUUUCCUGCUCCAGAAUGCAAAGAUCUACACCAAGUUAGAUCUUAGCACAGAGGGGGAACAUGUCCAACAUGUCACGGAAGUGCUCACUCGAUUAAGAAGCAAUCAACUGUUCGCCAAGCUGUCGAAGUCACACUUCUCUCAAAUUGCCAAACCAUUGACAUCUCUGGUCAAACCUACAGAACGUCUCAAGAAGUUUGAGCUGCCGGAAGAAGCUCAACAGGCUUUCCACAAGCUCAUACAAGCGUUCACAAAGGCAGGAGUGCUUCGGCACUUCAAUUACCACCUGCCAACAAGGUUGGAAACUGAUGCAAGCAACUUCGCCAUCGCUGGUGUGCUCAAACAGGAGCAUGAAGGACAUUGGCACCCUGUGGCUUUCUAUUCCCAGAAGAUGUCAUCUGCAGAAAAGAACUACGAGAUUCACGACAAGGAGCUCCUCACAGUGGUUGCCUGUCUUACUCAGUGGCACCACAUGCUAGCAGGAUUGCCAAGUCAGUUAGUCAUCCUCACAGAUCACGAGGCACUCAAGUACUUCAAGUUGCAAUGCUGCAUCAUGGGACAACAAGCGAGAUGGGCAGUAUUGCUAGCUGAUUUCGACUUCAUGCUACAAUACCGACCAGGAGACAAGGGUGGUGAACCCAAUGCUCUCACCAGACGAGCUGACAUGCAACCAAUCGGUGAGGAGCAAAAGCACAAUGUAUGGCAAUUGUUGCCUCCCCGAGUGUUCAAAAAGGUUGAAAACAACAUCACUAUAGGAAGUGCACUACAGCAAAAUUCAGCAGGAAAUGUAGUAACAAGCAUGGUACUACUUGUCAUGGGCCUGGAUGCUCAAGAAGCAGGAGGGUCAUGGGUUCAUAUGGAAGGAGCACAGGUAUCGAAGAAUCUAGUCGAGAUCAGUAGAGAGCAUGGUCGUAGUGCAGUCUCCAUGGAGACCAUGGACUCCUAUGGACUCACAUGCAAAGGAGGACUGAGCCCAUAUGCAAGGAGGGCUGGGCACAGCCAUGAAGAGGACCAAGCUCAAGGAGCAUGCAGAUGGUUACCACUCAGGGGCUCGAGAGACAAGAGCCAAAGGAACUGUCACUGA